AUGAUGAUAUCUCCACCAUCUGUUUUCUAUUUGAUGCUUUUGUUCUUUGGGGAAAUGGCUCAGAAGAGUCAUCAGCUCUCGUCUGUUCGUCAAGACAGAGUUUUUAUAUCCACUAAUGUCGGGGAGAGUGUAACUUUGCAGUGUUUCUAUGAAGAUGAAGUGGUAGCAAGGUUUUUCUGGUAUAAGCAAACACUAGGAGAGAAGCCAAGGCUCAUUUCUAGCUUCUAUUCGUAUGAUAAAAAUGGCACUUUCUAUGAUGAAUGUGAGAACAAUCCACGCUUCACACUGUCUACUGAAAAAGCUCAAAAUCAUUUGACGAUCACAGAUCUGCAGGUUUUGGACUCAGCUACCUAUUUCUGCGCAAGUAGCUUUUCAGUAAGUUUUGAAUUUGCAGAAGGAAUCACUGUGAGUGUUAAAGGUUCAGGUUUGAACAGCCGGCCUUUAAUUCAGCAGUCUGCAUCUAAGACCAUCCAGCCAGGAGGCUCUGUGACUCUGAACUGUACAGUACACACUGGGACCUGUGAUGAAGAACACAGUGUUUACUGGUUCAGAGACUCUGAAGAGUCUCAUUCAGGACUCAUUUACAGCCAUGGAGGCAGGAAUGAUGAGUGUGAGAGGAAACCAAAGACACACACAAACACGUGUGUGUACAGCCUGCCAAUGAAGAACCUGGAUGUUUCUCAUGCUGGGAUCUACUACUGUACUGUUGCCUCAUGUGGAUACAUGCUUUUUGGAAACGGGACCAAGCUGGACUUUGAGGACAAGCUGGGCUCUCUUCUCUUGGCGUAUGUCUUAAAUGGAGCCGUCGCAUUCAAUACAAUCCUGAUUGUAUUUCUAAUUUCCUCAAUGAGUUUGAAGAAUAUAAAACACUGUCUCUGCAGAGGGCUACGGAAGUUUUUUAAGGGCGAACAAGAUCAACAACACAGGAAGACAAGGGGAUGA